GCGUGCCUAGGGGUGAUUACCUCCUCCCUUUUCUCUGCCCCACAGUCCACCUCUACAAAUGCAGCUUGGGUUAUCCUCAUCUCCCAAGAACUAGGAGUGGAAAUGGCUGUGGAAGGGAGACCAGCUUUUGGAUUUAAGGUAGUUUGCCCGGGACCAGACUUUGCUAUGUUGGCCAAGACAGUGCUUUCUCUUGGUCUGUGGCUGCAGUUCGCUGUGGGACAGGACACACCUGAGAGAGGUCCCCAGCCAUCUAUUUCCAAUUCAGAGGGAGACCUCCUCUUCUUACUGGACAGCUCUGGCAGCGUCUCCUACUAUGAGUUUUCCAAAGUCAAGGAAUUCAUGUGGGAUCUCAUGCGACCUUUCACCAUUGGCCCCAGAGAUGUCCAGGCCAGCAUCAUCCAUAUCAGCACUACGCCCACCAUGGAGUUCCCCUUUGACCGGUACCAGUCCAGUGGGACUCUGCAACAAGCCAUCCGGGACACUCAACAGCUCAUGGGCGACACCAACACAGGCAAAGCCCUCUCCUAUGCCAAGGAGAAGCUCUUCAGCAAUGAAGCUGGUGCCCGGCCAGAUGUGCCCAAGGUACUGGUUUGGGUGACAGAUGGUUUCUCCACCGAUGACAUCUCUGAACCCAUGCAGCUCCUGAAGGACAUGGGAGUAACAGUCUUCAUCGUCAGCACUGGACGGGGGAACUACCUGCAGCUCUCUGCUGCUGCCAGCCAACCUCCCGAGAAGCACCUGCACUUUGUGGAUGUUGAUGACCUACCCAUCAUCACAGAGGAGCUUCGAGAUGCUAUCCGAGAUGUUAUCCAUGCAAAUCAUCUUCAUGCAGUAGAUAUCACCUCAAGCAGCUUUCGUCUGGUGUGGCCCGAACUCCUCUCCCAAGAAACUGGCUACUACACCAUAGAGUAUGGCCCCACAGAUGAUCUAGCAAGGAAGAGGACAAAGCAGGUGUCCGGGGCUCACACCAGCCUCGUGCUCAGCAACCUUGCACCAGAAACUACUUACGAGGUGGCACUCAUUCCUGAAUCCAACGUCCACUACUUCCCUCCCCAGACAACGAGGGUUACUACACUGGCAGAGGAAGUAAGCCCAGUUCAGGUUCUCAUCUCGGAGUCUGGGCCACACAGCUUCCACGUUAGUUGGGCUCCUACACUGGAGAGCGUGGUGGGCUAUCAGAUCCUGUACGGACCGCUCCCUGGGAACUCGGUGAAGCUGCUGGAGGUGAAUGGCAAGCACAACAGCACCACGGUGGAGAAUCUGACACCCAAUACAACCUAUCUAGUGACAGUGACUGCCCUCUACAAAUCGGGGAAGGAGAAGUCCCUGUCGGCCAAAGCAUGCACUCAGGAAGAGGGCUCCAAAGUGAGGCACCUUCGCUUUGAAGACAUGGGCCCCAACACCCUGAAAGCCUCCUGGGACUCCGCCGAUGGCAAAGUCCUUGGUUACAGAGUCAGAUGCCGGCGGCAAAUUGGCCCUUCCUCUGUCCUCAGCGUUUCGCCGCAGGUCCACAGCGUGCUCCUCACGGACCUGGCUUCAGGCACCAUGAACAAAGUGUGCGUGAAGCCCGUGUACAAGAACCAGCCGGGCAAGGGGCUGUGCCGCAUGGUGCACAUGCAGCCAGCUACAGAGGCCCACGGGUAUAAGCACAGACAGAGAGCAUGACAGACUCUGGAGUGAACUGGUUCCCGGCAGAGCAAGGAAUCUUGCUUGGACAAAGACUUGGACAAAAAAAAAAGGAGGGAUCAGGGGAGGAAACCAGAAAACUCACAGAUCAUCUCCCAGCCUGCACUGUCCCUGGAGGUGUCCUGGUUGUCAAGCCACAAGGCUGUCCUCAGCCAAGUUCUCCCAAAGCCUAAAAGGUCUGGCUUGGCUGGAUGGAAAACCCAACCUGACUAAUAGAUCCCAAACCUGUACCUUCUUUUAUAUAAAUAUCCCUGACAAAUAACAAACCAAAGGCGAAGUGAUGAAUCUUCACUACUGCUUGCUUACUGCCUGUUCUCUAUUUAUUAAAUGUCGAUACAGUUUUGUUUUUGCAGCUUAUGAGUGUGUUCAGGACAUGGCUGUUUGGUGCCCUGGCCUUUCAUUCCAGGCACCUGCACUCAGAAAAAAAAAAAAAAAAGAUAACGUGUGACCAAAUCCAUUCCUGCUGGCAACAGCCACUGAAGCUGAUGCACCUGACAAAGAGCAGCUUUCCUCCAGCUCACCCAGUGUACUCAACUGGUAGCUCAAAUUAGGCAUCCCAAACGUAUAGCAGCUCAGGGAUGGAAGGGAAAAAGCAUUAGGAGAAAUAAGAAUCAAAUAGCACAAAAAUAUGCAGCUUGUGGUGGAGCUUGGGUCAAAGCCACCGGGAUUUCUGAGAAGAGGAAGAAAAGAGGUCGUUAACCCACUUGGCCUUUGGCCAGGACGUGGUGACACUUCAUAAAAAGACAUCCUGCCUCUUAUAAAGCGUGGGGACAGUCUAGCGUUCCCAGAUGGUCUCUGGUUUAUGGCAGAGAGUGGUCGGUGAACUCUGAGGGUAGGGAAGGGUAGGGCUGUGCCCGGUCAGGGCUGAGGAGCACUGUCAGAGAGCUCCAGCAGGAACGUUUGCCCACUGUCUGCCUGCUGAGUUCUCGAGUCUCACCAACACUCUUCCACUCUCCCCCUGGCGCUGGCAUUAAAGUCAUCUGCUGCGAUGACCGACAAAUCCCAGCUGGACUUCCAAAGGGUUCAGUUCCCCCAAGUCAUCUCCUUGGGGUUUGGGAUCAGUCUGAGAGAGCAGGAAACUCUAAAACCUGGGAAUUGGCUUGCCCGGCAGGUUAUUCCAGAGCUCUCAGCUGAGCUCAAGGAGUUAAGGUUAGGGUUAAGGCAAGAAAAGCCAGACAGCAAGACCAUCUAAAGCAGUUAUUGCUGUCUCUCAUUCAAAUACACACCUCCUUCUGCCUGGAUCGUGACCACUGAAUUGCUGUGCGUACCUGCCACCAGUCUCACCAGACCGGGAGUGAGUUCUGCUAGCAGAGAAGCUAUAUGGAGAUUAAUUAGCCUGUUCUGUGACUAAUUAUGGGCAGUAAGUCUCCAGCACUACCAUUCCAAACUCUAUCCUCUGCACUCUGAAAACACCUAGCACAUCUUUAGUGUCUUGUCCUGGGCUUCCACCCAGUGCUAAGCUUGAGCUACACUUAAAAAUCAGGUUUUUAGAGGAGAAGAGUAAAUUUGAUUCAUUCCCUUUGGCCCCAGGCUUGAAUUUGCUGUCACUAAGCUACUCUUUAGAAAGGGGAGCUGAAAAAAACCACUUUAAUACCUAGUGACAAAGCCAUUAGAGCAGUAUGCUUCCAAAAUUCAGGGCUUAGGGCUGUAAAGAAAUGUAUAAACUUUUCUGGUAACAAACCCCAGCGUCAGUGGGAACAUCUUCCCUCAGUAAUGCUUGCUCUAUUUUAAAUUUAUUGCUUAAUUGUCCUAUGUGAGGAACUUUGUUUUUAAAGCUGUGCUGUAUGUUGGAGACCCCCUGUGCAGCGUCGCUCCAUUAGCUCUGCUUAUGGACUCCUUAAACCAGCUCCAUUUGGAGCCGGGAGGAACUUUGUCACUGACCUUGUGUCCCAAGUGCCGAAUUUGUCACGUCUAUGUUUAUGGAUUUCCCCUGGGCUGUUGUCUUGUAGGGGAGGAAGGGAGAGGAGGGAGACGAGUCAUUCAUUAACUCAAUAAGAAGGUUUCGUAUGAUUUGUGUUCUCCUUUGGAAUGUGCAUUUGUGACUGAUUAAUCUUAAUGGAGCCUCUGUGCUGACGGGGGAAGAUCAAGCCUCUGGAAUCUCUCAUGCAAUAAAAGAUAAUCUUGUUCAUUCUUGCUGUAGGGCAGAAAUUAAUUUUGCACAGUCCCCUGCAUAGUUUACUAAUACAUUUAUGUGUCAUUCCCUCCCUGCUCCCAAUUGUAAUGCAUCCUUUUGAAGACAAUUAAAUAUACAAUACAAGA